AUGCUCCGCUCGCCCUCCUCCCUCCGCUCGCUCCUCCACCUCUCCCGCCGCCUCCUCCUCCCCACGAACCCUCGCCUCUCCCGCGCCCUGAACCCUCGCCUCCCCAGCUCCCCGCUCUCCGCCCGCCCGCGCUUCCUGUCCUCUUCAACCUCGCCCACACCCGGCGGCGCUGGAUGGGCCACCUACGACCCGCUAACCGACAGCCUCAGCGCCUCCGCGGCGCUCCCUUCCGCCUCCGCCUCCGAUUCCGAGGCCCCCGCUGUGUCGGAUGCCUGGGGUGUCUACGACCCAGUCUUGGGCCGCAUCGUCAAGCAGGGGUCCGCACCUCCUUCGUCGCCCACCACCAUGGAGGAGAAGGACGAGGAGAAGGAUGAGGAGGAGGAGGAGGAGGAGGAGGAGGAGGAGGACGACGACGACGACGACGAGGGGGAAGAGGCGGGAAAGCUCGAGGACGAGGAGAAAGCGGGCGUAAAGGAGAAGGGGAAGAAGCAGGCGAGCGCGCUCCGCGGGAAUGGCCAGGUCAGGUGGUCGUCGGUGGCGGCGGCGCGGAGGCCCGCGGGUAAGGGCGGCAAGGAGAGGAGCUCGUACGUGUGCAGCAACUGCGGGGAGGGCGAUUCACAGUGGUGGGGCAAAUGCCGCCACUGCAAUGCGAUGGGGACCGUGGACAAGUACGUCCCAGGGCCUGACGGCGGUGGUGCCGCUGUGGAGGGGUCGCACCACAUUGGUCGAUCGUGGAUUCCUCAGAAGGCCAAGGAGAUGGUGCCGCAGAGCCUUCAGGAGGUGAACAAGGGGGUCGAUCAGGCACAGUGGCGCAUACCCCUGUGGGGGAGUUUCGGGAUGGAGAUCUCUCGAGUGCUUGGUGGUGGCAUUGUUCCUGGAUCCUUGAUUUUAGUCGGUGGGGAUCCAGGUGUGGGCAAAAGUUCAUUGAUGUUACAGCUUGCUUCGAAUAUAUUGGAGGGUUUCAAGGCCAAGGAGUCUUCUCCUGUUGUAUAUGUGUCUGGUGAGGAGAGUAUUGAGCAAAUCGGAAACAGGGCUGACCGGAUGAGUAUCACGUCUAGCAACUUGUACCUCUACUCUGGUACGGAUAUUGAGGAUAUCUUGGACAAAAUCCAACCGCUCUCUCCAAAAGCUCUUAUUAUCGAUUCAAUUCAAACAAUUUAUGUCAGAUCAUUUGCUGGAAGUGCUGGUAAUUUGUCACAGGUUAAAGAAUGCACCUCUGCCUUGUUACGAUUUGCAAAGCUGACUAAUAUCCCUGUUUUCUUGAUUGGACAUGUUACGAAAACUGGUGAUAUUGCUGGUCCUCGCCUCUUAGAGCACAUAGUGGAUGUUGUUCUUUAUAUGGAGGGAGAGAGGUGCUCAUCCCAUCGAUUGCUGCGGUCAGUGAAGAACCGUUUUGGUUCAACUGAUGAGCUUGGUGUAUUUGAGAUGGCUGAAUUUGGUCUGCAAGCUGUUCUGAAUCCAAGCCAGAUGUUCUUAACUGAGCAUGACUCUGAUUCUGAAAUUCUGGCUGGGCUUGCUGUAGCUGUUAUUUUAGAUGGAUCUAGGACCUUUGCUCUUGAAGUUCAGGCAUUGUGUGUUUCUGGUUCUCAUCGUUCUGGACAAGUAGUUGGCAUGCCGUCAAGCAGGGCUGAUGUCAUAAUCUCUGUUCUUAUGAAGCAAGCAGGCCUAAAACUUCAGGAUAGUACUAUUUUUUUGAAUGUUGUGAGUGGCUUCAAGUUGACUGAGACCGCAGGAGAUCUGGCCAUAGCAGCUUCAAUUUGCAGCAGUUUCUUGGAAUUUCCUAUCCCAAAUGAUGUUGCAUUUAUUGGAGAGGUCGGCCUUGGUGGUGAACUUAGAGCUGUACCAAGAAUGGACAAGCGGGUGAUGGCUAUUGCAAAGCUGGGAUACAAGAAGUGUGUCGUUCCCAAGACCUCCGAGAAGUUGCUCAGACCACUUGAUCUUGACAUCGAGAUCUUGCCCUGCAGCAACCUGAAGCAGCUUAUAAACACUGUGUUUACGGAAACAAAUUAG